CAACUCAUUCUCUUCAUAUUCCAUAUAUAUAUCAUAUAUAAAUAUUUCAUAUCAAUUUAUCUAUAUAUAUUAUAACUAUAUAACGUACUUUCAUGUGUCAAAUAGCAAAAGGUAAACUUCAUUGUGUCAUGGAUGGACAACAAAAAUAUCAAGGUUUAUUUUUGGAAUGCUCUAACUUGCUUGAGUUGGCUGCUGCGGAUGACGUAACCGGAUUUAAAUAUAUGGUUGAAGAAAAAGGUGUGAACUUAGACGAGACUAGUUUUUGGUACGGGAGAAGAAAUUGUACAGAACGUAAGAUGGGGUUCGAAGAACGAACCCCACUUAUGAUUGCUUCCGUUUACGGAAGCAGUCAGGUUUUAAAAUAUAUUAUUGACACAAAAAAAGUUGAUGUCAAUAAAGCAUCUGAUUCAGAUGGUGCUACUGCACUCCAUUGUGCUGCGGCUGGUGGGUCUGCUAUGUCUGUUGAAGCUGUUAGGCUUUUACUUGAAGCCUCGGCGAAUGUUUAUGUAAAUGAUCAUAGAGGGAACAAACCGGGCAAUUUGAUUCCGCGGGGGGUUAAAGCGUCAAUGCGUAGAGAGUUGGAGGUGUUGUUGAAUGGUUUUUCGAGUGAUGAAGAAAUGGUUGAAGAUAAGGAGAUGGUUUCCGUGAAAAAGGAGUAUCCUGUUGAUGUAUCUAUGCCGGAUAUAAAUAAUGGUGUGUAUGGUUCUGAUGAGUUUAGGAUGUAUACGUUUAAGGUUAAGCCUUGUUCAAGGGCUUAUACUCAUGAUUGGACCGAGUGUCCGUUUGUUCACCCCGGCGAGAAUGCUCGCCGGCGUGAUUUGAAAAAGUUUAACUAUAGCUGUGUUCCUUGCCCCGAGUUUCGGAAAGGAAGCUGUGUGAAGGGAGACUCGUGUGAAUACGCACACGGGGUGUUUGAAUCUUGGCUUCACCCUGCUCAGUAUAGAACUCGUUUGUGUAAAGAUGAGAUUGGAUGUGCGAGGAAAGUGUGUUUCUUCGCACACAGAGUGGAAGAGUUGAGACCGGUUUAUGCUUCAACCGGCUCAGGGCUUCCGUCACCGAAAUCAGGAGUUCCUGUCGCUUCAAUGGAAAUGGGCUCCAUGAGCCCAUUAGCCCUUGGAGCGACUACGCCAAUGUCUCCUCCAACAUCACCGAUGUGGCAGAAUAAGGUGAAUCAUUUGACACCACCUGCACUCCAGCUCCCCGGGAGUCGGUUAAAGACGUCUUUAAAUGCAAGAGAUUUUGAAAUGGAGGCAGAGUUUUUUGGGUCCGAGAGUUUAAGAAAUCAGCAACAACAAAGACGACAGAUAAUGGAAGAUCUGUCAAAUAAUCUUUACAACAUCAACAACAGAUUUGUGGACUUAAAACCUACGAAUCUUGAUGAUGUUUAUGGGUCACUUGAUCAAUCUUUGUUGUCACAAUUUCACGGUUUGUUAUCACCAAAAGUAUCAAACACAACAACACAGAUGCUAUCACAGUCUCCGACCAGCCGUCAACAAUUCGAUAGAAAUUCAAACCCUAUCCGAGCAUCAUACCCUUCGCCAAACUACACGUCUUCCCCGGUUAGAAAACCAGGGAACUACGGGUAUGGAUUUGAUUCAUCCGCUGCAGUUGCACAAGCAGUUAUGAAUUCAAGAGCCGGGUCAUUUACCAAACAACGUAGUCAGAGUUUUAUUGACCGGGGAGCUGGAAUGAGUCCCCGGUCAAUCCCCCAACAAAACUCCAGCUUCACCGAAUGGGGCUCACCAGACGGGAAGCUGGAUUGGGGGUUUAGUGGUGAAGAUGCAAAUAAGCUUAGGAAAUCGGCAUCUUUUGGACUUGGAGGUGGUGCGGCUGUCGGGGUUGGGCUCCAUAGCUCACGCGACGCGCACCGGUACAGCGGAAACAGUGAGGAAAAACUGCCACAAUGGAUUGAGCAGAUGUACAUAGAGCAAGAACAGAUGGUGGCAUGAUAGCAAAUGCUAAAAAAAUCAGCUUUGAUUUGGCCAUUGAAAUUCUUUUGAGAAUUCGUAUUCAUAAUUUAUAUUUUUAAUCAUGCAUGUAACAUCAGAUUUGGAAGAUUGUUCUUCAAUCAAAGGGAAGAACAUGACAACCACGGGGAAUUCUUUUAAUUGUUUUUUCUUUAAUUUCUUGUAAUUCCUUCAUAAUUUCCCAACUGGGAAUCUAAUUAGUAUCUUUUUGUUACUUAUUAAUUCCAUAGUUUGAAGAUGAUAUACAUAAGAAUUAAUUCCGUAA